AACAAACAUCACCACGGCCUUUUCUUCCGGUCGUAAGCGACCAUAGGCCAAGAUGGGAGCCUACAAGUACAUGCAAGAGUUAUGGCGCAAGAAGCAGAGUGAUGUGAUGAGGUACCUGCUGCGUGUCCGCAUGUGGCAGUACCGCCAGCUGAACAAGAUCCACCGGUGUGUUCGGCCCACCCGUCCCGAAAAGGCCCGCCGCCUGGGAUACCGUGCCAAGCAGGGCUACGUCAUCUACCGCGUGCGCCUGCGCCGCGGAGGCCGCAAACGCCCCGUGCACAAGGGCGCCACCUACGGCAAGCCCGUGCACCAGGGCGUCAACGAGCUGAAGCUCAACAUCAACCACCAGUCGGUUGCCGAGGGCCGCGUCGGCAAGAAGUGCAACGCCCUGCGUGUGCUCAACUCGUACUGGGUGGGCCAGGACGCCACCUACAAGUACUUCGAGGUGAUCCUGGUGGACCCGGCGCACAAGGCGAUCCGGCACGACGCGAAGGUCAACUGGAUCUGCAACGCCGUGCACAAGCACCGCGAGCUGCGCGGCAAGACCUCGGCCGGCCGCAAGCACCGCGGCCUGGGCCACGGCCGCAAGUUCAACAACACCAAGGGCGGCUCGCGGCGCGCCAACUGGCUGCGGCGCAACACGCUUUCUCUGCGCCGGAAACGAUAGCCUGUCUCGCCCCGCCCCUCCGUGUGUGUGUCCGUGUCGCGCGGCCGGGCCGACGUGGAAUACACGCGUCUCCUUCUUGGGCA